GUACAUAAUUAAUGAGCAGGAAGUAUCCUGCAUAGUCAAGUGGUGAAAAGACACGUCAAGAGUAGCCAGAUGACUUAGUAGUAAAGGCGUGAAAUAGCGUUGAUCUGUGGUGCAUUAAACGUUACCGAGUCUGGUGGACAGCACGAGAGCCGCAAUUACUAAGUAGUAUUUUAGUUUACUUUGUAGUAUUGGAGCUUACAAAGUGAAAGAGAACGUGCCGGCAACAUGUCGGAUAUAGGGGACUGGUUUAAGAGUAUACCCCUUAUCACUAGGUACUGGUUUGCGGGUUCAAUUAUUGUACCUUUGAUUGGUAGACUGGGAUUGAUCAAUCCUAUGUACUUGGUGCUGUGGCCAGAAGCAUUCAUUCACAGAUUCCAGAUUUGGAGGCCACUAAGUGCAACAUUUUAUUUCCCUGUGGGUCCUGGCACUGGAUUUCUUUACUUGGUGAAUUUAUAUUUCCUGUAUCAGUAUUCAACACGGCUAGAAACAGGUGCUUUUGAUGGCAGGCCAGCUGACUAUGUAUUUAUGCUGAUGUUCAACUGGAUCUGCAUCCUUUUGCUUAUGAUUCCCCUCAUCAUGUCUGUAUUGUAUGUCUGGGCUCAACUCAACAGAGAUAUGAUUGUGUCAUUCUGGUUUGGAACAAGGUUUAAGGCUUGUUACUUGCCAUGGGUUAUUCUUGCAUUUAACUACAUCAUUGGAGGAUCCAUUGUCAAUGAACUGAUUGGAAAUUUGGUUGGACACUUGUAUUUCUUCUUGAUGUUUAAAUAUCCAAUGGACUUGGGAGGAAGCUCUUUUCUGACUACCCCACAGUUUUUGUAUCGUUGGUUUCCAAAUAGGAGAGGAGGUGUUUCGGGAUUUGGUGCUCCACCACCUAGCAGAAGACAAGCUCCAGAUGAUCAGGGCGGAAGACACAACUGGGGCCAAGGUUUCAGACUGGGACAUGACUGAGGGCAUUUUUCAUUUUAACAGUUCUCAAUAUAUUACAAAGUGUCCAGGGAGAGUAAAUAAGAAAGGGGGGGUGCUCCAUUAGACAAGGGGGUGAAUUUUAUUUUUGUAGUACCCCGUUCUUUAACUUUGAGGAAUGUUUGAUUCUUAACAACAUGGCAGUCUUUCAUGUCUGUAAUAAUGUACAUAGGUAGAUAAUGUAAGCUUAGAAACACUGUCAUCCACUGAGUAAUGCUGCCAGACAUAAGCAAAGUAAUGUAUUUAUGAGCUAUCAUCAGUGGACAAAUAGCAGCAUUUUAUCAGUCCUCAUUAAACCACAAAUAAACCUUUCCUUUCCUUUUCUUUGCUUACAUUCAUGUAAGGAUAAACAGUCACUAAAAUGGCUCAUCUGCAGUGAACAGAAAACGGGUUGCAUUAUUUGGACUUCAUAGAGACGCUCUACUUAUUAAAUUUGAAAAAGAAAUAUUUAACUGAAAAUGAUUCAGAAGUAUUUGUCUAUAAUCUAUAUUUGUGAGAGUUGAAAUAAAAACAUCACUUUGCUGUUGUGUACUGUCAUAUUGAAACACAAUGGCAGAUUUUAAUUGGCUUCAGUUAGUAAAGACUUCCUCAGACAAAAAAAAGUAGCAGCUGUGAAUUUGCAACUUUAUUUCUCUUCUUGUGAAUAAAUCUAUUUCUGUACUUUUUGAUUACACAGAUUUGAAAAGAAUUAAAGAAAUAUUAAACAACAAAGUUUAUUGGGAAAAAAAAGAAAAGAAAAAAUCCUGGAGUUGUUUAAUUACCUAGGAUUGUUUUCUCACUCUGCAGAAUUUUUGGCAUGAUACUCCAGACUGGGAUGGAACAAAUGUUUGCAAUGAGAUUUGAGUACUGUUCUUCCAUUAGUACUGCAGUAAUGUCUCAUUAUACUACUACUAAUAGCACAUUCUUGAGAUCGCAGAAUCUAGUAGUGCAGAACUGUUUACGUUGGAAAUGUCAUUGAUAUUGAUGUGAACGUGGAUGACAAGAUGGCUUUGAGGAAACAGUUCAGCUUUUACCCUGUUAUUACUUUGUUUUAUGUGGAUGUAUGCCAGUGCUAUGUCUCUCUUAGCAGCUUUAGAGUCUGGAGUUCUUUGAUUAACAUCUAGGUUUCUUUGUCAAAAACUGUAGAGCAGCCUGGCUGAUUGGCACAGAGGGAUAAAACACUGUGACCAGCAUUUGAUUAGCGACCCUAGCACUAGUGGAAUCUGAUAGGAAGGGAUGAGAAUAAGGGGGGUGUGGCAUGCUCAUCUCACUGUAAGGUGUGGAGUGGGUUGUAUGCUUUUGAGGCACACUGGGUAGGUGCAGUUUCCCAGGUGGAGAUGAGGGAAACCAUCUACCAUACUUCAACAUUGCUUGGGGCUGCAAGAAUUAAAUUAAACCUGGCAAAAGUGAAUGCAAGUCCUUUGUGGUCAGACCAUUAUACAGCACCUUUCCUCCUGCUAAACCAAGGUUGUAUGAGGAUAUUUUGACAAAACUGGGGGAAAAAUACUGGAAUAAACCCUGAUGGCUGCCUUAAUGAUGACCCCUUCCAGUCAUUCCUUGUUUUGAUGCUGGGGAAGGAGUGGGCCAGUUGGGCAGGCGGGGGCCAGUGAUUUACUGGCACAGGGAGCAAACUGUGACAAAUGUAUAUCAAAUUUAAAAUUAUUGUGUGGUGCAGUUAUGUACAUUUUUGUAUUGUAAUGUUUAGAUCAGCUGAGUAAGGAGCAGCAUCUGCUUUAACAAGCCUUGCUGCAUGAAUGAUAUUAAAGAGCUUGACAGAACACCAGACAGCUUAGUGCCUUCACAGUUGAGAAGACAUUGGAAAUGUGUGAAAUCGUUCUUGGUCUGGAUCUUACUUUUACAAAUGGAAACAUUAAAAUCUAGAUUUUGUUCUGUCACUUAUUAAUAUUUCUUUUUCGGUAGAUAAGACUUUACAUUAAAAAAGUAAUAAUUUUAUGUUGCCUGUGGUGAUGAAGUUUUGAGUAAAUGUACGUUAUUUUUAUUCUGAAAGGAAAGCAUCUAGUACAGAAAAAUACUGAGGCAGUAUAUGUAGUGUCUAAUGUGCUACAAUAUGCUGAAGUAACCCUAAAUGCAUUGUGGAUUUCUCCCCAGUCCAGAGCAUAACACUUGCAUAAUGGCAUAUUAGAGCACCGUAAAUAUCAGGAUUUAUAUGGACAUAUUUUGUAAAUUGUAGAACUGUUAUGACUUAGUUAUUAUAUUCAUAUCCAGUAAAUACAUGUACAUAUUUUCACAUUAUGUAUUUUACUCAACUUUUUAAUAAAUUUCUCUGUUUUCCACA